AAUAUAUAUUCCUUCGUAUAAAUAGAAACCAAUGCUACAGACUUUUGAGGGUAUAAACAGAAUCUUCCUCAACUAUAGCUUUGGCAAUAUCGACACAUAGUAUAUAUGGUUUAGCUUUGCAACUCAGGUGAAUCAAAUACAAAUAGCAGAGGCAAAGCCAGUAUCAUGGUGAUGGAAGAAGAAAGAGAUUGUUGUUCAACAAUAAUAAGAAACAGAGGCAACAACAACAACGUCAACCCCAAAGAGAAUCACAAACAAGAGAAACCAUACAGAGGAAUAAGGAAGAGAAAGUGGGGAAAGUGGGUAGCAGAAAUUAGAGAACCAAACAAAAGAUCAAGAAUCUGGUUAGGUUCUUACACCACACCCGUAGCCGCCGCACGUGCUUACGACACCGCCGUUUUCUACCUAAGAGGUCCGACCGCUCGCCUUAAUUUCCCCGAAUUAUUGUUCCAAGACGACGAAGACAACAAAAACGACAACAACGGUUCUGUUCCACAAGGUAACAUGUCCGCUGAUUCAAUACGCAAGAAAGCCACCACGGUCGGUGCUAGAGUUGAUGCUCUUCAAACCGCUCUUCAAGCUUCAUCACGUUCUAGUUCUAAUCAAUUUAACUCUGAUGUUAAACCUGAUUUGAACGAGUUUCCAAAACCCGAAGAUUAUUAAUAUAAUUGAUACGGUUUAUUUUCUCUAUGUAAUCUCUGUAAUUUCCUCUACUCAGUUUCUCUUUCUGUUUCUUAGAAUUGUUAACAGAGCAUACAUAUGCAGAAAUAGAUUAUAGAAUAUGGACUUUUGUCGUAAAUUAUUGUAACCUACUUUUAUAUUUAAUUUCUGAAAAAUAUUAUGAAUAACCAUGUUUUGUUGAUUGA